GAAGAUAUGCGCUCCUUAAUCAGUAAACCAAAGAACAAGCGGAGGCCUGAAUAUAUUUCGCUGUACAAGGGCAGUACGUUGCUGUAUUUCUUCGACUAUGCUAAUCUGCUCGCUAUGAACAUUAACAGUAUCUGAGUUUAAAUGUAAAUGACAGACAUUUCUUAGUUAUAAAUGAUUAAAUGUAUUGGGUGGGUUUGAUGCUUUGUUUUAUAUAUAAAGAAACUAUGCUUCUAUUUCAUGCUAAUCCAUUUAUAAUAUCAACGGUAAAUCCUGCCUGACACAUCGCAUCGGCAAUCAGGCUAAAAGAUGUGGUUGAGAAACGUAAACGCUUGCAUCUCCCUAUUCAAUCAACAGCCCUAGUGAUGCAAAUUUAUCUACAAUCAAGUGGAUCAGUCUUCUGAAAGAUUACUUUUUCGGCGAUGCUACGACUAUUAACACAACCGAUCAAGUUCUUCAAUUGCGUAUUGUUAUAAAGGGCCGUCUGAUAUUUAGAAAUAAUAAAAAUUCAGUUACUGAAAUUUGUUAAUGACCACGACUCAAAAUGCACAUUGGUAGUGUUUAGAAACCAGCUGGAUAUAUAUUGCAGAAAUUAUCAUUUCAGUCUACUAAAUAAGAUGAUCUGAAAAUGCAUAGGCAAAUGUUUUGAGUUUACUGUAUGACUAAAGUUUUCCCAUAUUGCAUCCAUAGACGUGAUCUAUGCUUUUUUUUUAUUCUUUAAGUUUUAUAGAAUUGGGUCAGCCUCCACACAUGGGUACCUUCGUGAGUUCAGUGUUUUGAAGCCUUACCAUCUGUAUGCAUAUUAAUACUGUGAUUUUGUUUAAAAAUGAUCCCAUGGACCGUCUAUUACAUUGUCUGAUUACAGGUCAUAAGUGUGGCUAAUGUUCCUCGCACAAUGAAUCUGAUCAUAUUUUUGGAAGGGAAAAGUAAGCCCAGCACAAAUUAGUCACAGUAACAUCUACAAUAAUUCUAAUUUCAUUCUGAUGUAAACUAUUUUGUUACAAUUGUUUUCAAUUGUUAAAUAACCUAUUUAGAUUUUUGAAUCUGACGCCAUGAACCUAGUGCGGCUCUUGUGCCGCCACAAGACGCCCUUGGUGAUCGGGGGACUCUGCCUUUUUGGAGUGAUUCUCCUCUUUCUUGCAAAAUGUACUUCCGAAACCCUGAAAUCCAUAGACUUGCCCGGGGCUGCCCCUCAUUACGAAGUUCAGCAGCCAGAAGCACGUUCCAAGGAGCUGUCGGCGUUUCUGGUGGUCCUGAUAAUAACCGGACCCAAGUAUACGGAACGACGUAGCAUCAUCCGCAGUACUUGGCUAGCAAACCGGGACUCUGAUGUGUUGGGCUACUUUGUUAUUGGCACCGAGGGGCUGCCCAGGGAAGACCUUCAGAAUUUGGACACUGAACAGGUACGCCAUCGCGACCUCCUCCUGCUGCCACAGCUGAGGGAUUCCUAUGAGAAUCUUACCCUUAAGCUCCUACAUAUGUAUACCUGGCUGGACCAGAAUGUGCAGUUUAAAUAUGUCCUGAAAUCUGAUGAUGAUACUUUUGCCCGCCUUGAUGUCAUCCAAGAGGAGCUGAAAGUCAAGGAGGUCAGCAGACUUUAUUGGGGCUUUUUCUCUGGCAGGGGAAGGGUGAAAGCAGCAGGGAAAUGGAAGGAGAGCACCUGGGAGCUGUGUGACUACUACUUACCUUAUGCGCUGGGUGGGGGCUACAUCCUGUCAGCUGACCUGGUGCACUAUGUGCACCUCAAUGUGAACUUCCUGAAGGUCUGGCAAAGUGAAGAUGUGUCUAUGGGGGCUUGGCUGGCUCCGGUGAAUGUGCGCCGCACACAUGAUCCCCGCUUUGACACGGAGUACAAGUCGCGGGGCUGCAACAACAAGUACUUGGUAACGCACAAGCAGAGCUUGGAGGACAUGUUGGAGAAACACCAAACCUUGCAGAAGGAGGGCCGUCUGUGCAAGAAAGAAGUAAAAUUGCGCCUCUCCUACAUCUACGACUGGAACGUUCCGCCCUCCCAGUGUUGCCAACGGAAAGAUGGCAUUCCAUGAGGCGUCUCACACCAUUCAUGGGCAUUUAUUUAUUUUCCUCGGCUUCCAUUCUGUUGUGGAGUUUUACUAAAGCCAUUUGUAUUUUUUUGGGUACAGGGCAUGGGCUGAAUGGAGAUAUGAGCGUGUAUGUUUGAAUUAUGUCCUUGUUUUCAUUCCCACAAGGUUUAUCAUUCAGUUGAUUCUGUUUCAUUAUGUCUCUAUUCAGAGAUCUGUGCAAUGUUGCCUUGUAAAGUAUUUUAAUUUUUUUUAUUUUAUGUAUUUAUGUAUUCAUGUACUGUCAAGCUGUAACAAAUUUCUGUAGUUUCAACUGUAGUUUCAGAUAAAAUAUGUGCUCUGAAACGCUUCUCCAAUUGUUUCUGUUUGUCACUUUAUCACAUCUUGAGAAAUGGAUGUUAGUAAAUUAUAGUUUGCUGGACAAAUUUUGGUGAAAGGUGGAAUCAAAUCAUGCAUUUGAGUCAUAUUUUAAAUGCAUUACCUUUAAGUUUAUGAUCUAUUUUUUUUAUUGCAGGCGUGCUUAGAAAUAAAAAAAUAAUUCAGUAUGGUUUGUUCAGUGUAUAAAAGUUAGUUUUCCAGAAAGAAUAAGUGCAAUAAGUUAUAUUUACAUGUGAACUACUUAGAAGUUCUGUUCGAACUUCAAGCAUUAUUUGUAUAUUACUGCAGUUUUGCAAAGCUUUUAAUAUGAAGUAUUGAAAACUAAUAUUAAAUAUUAAAGCUUUAAUUUUGUAUAUUUCUUUGCUUUAGCUGAUAUGCAUUGUUAAAAGGCUAGUGACAGAAUCUUUUCGCAUUUAAGGGUAUUUUACACUUUAGUCUAGCACCUAUUUUUAUUCUGCGUAGGCAGAUGACAGGUUUUAUCGAGAUAGAAAUAUGAAUAUUUUGCAAAGCUCUUCCUUUUAAAUAACAUACUUUAUGAUUUAUGGUCUGGUUUGGUUAUUUCAUAAGUUAAGGAUUCACCAUUUGGUACGUGUAUAAAAAAACUAUAAAUGAAAAACGGUGAAGUAGCAUAAGAGAAGCAAAUAAUGAAUCAAAGUGUUGGUAGAACCGAUUGUAUUCUAAUCGUUAUAUAAUAAUUAAAAAACCUCACAUUUUCCAAGUCA